AUGGUGUUUUAUACUAGAGGACAUCUCAGCUUUCAUAAGAAAUGUCACAAACAGUUUAAGGCUACUGGUGAUGGUUACACGAAUCAAAGCAAGGAGUAUCGCAGAAGCAAAAUACGCAAAGUUAACAGUGAUUCCCAGGAUCGUGUUUCUCUGUCUCUUUCUGGUAAAGAAAAUGAUUGUCUCGGUGGGGGAAUGCUGGCUUCAGAAGUAGAGUUUGAGCGGACAGGCGAUGUGUGGGACAAGAAGAAAAUGUGCUCUGGAAAGAAAUUGCCGGAAAACAGCCAUGGAAGCAACAGCUUACCUGUUAGUGGGAAUAGAUCACAAAUUCCUCUGAAUUCAUACAAAAUGGACACUGUCAUUUGCAAAGAGGAAUCUCUCUUCAACUCCAAGGCCUCUCAUUCACAAGUUCAAGAUGAUGAUGUAUAUCAUAGAUUCGUGGAAAACUUAAAGGAUAUGUGGCCUUCCGAUUUGUCUGCGUUCAAAAUGUACAAGUGCCAACACUGCAGUUACACUACUGCUGUUCAUAGUGACUUCAAGCUGCACCAAAAUAUACAUACAGAUGAAAGACCGUAUGUGUGUAAAGAAUGCAAGAAGGCAUUUAAAACGUCAAACCAUUUGCAGAAACACAGCCGAAUUCACAUAAAGAAUGGAUACGAGUUUGGCCAUUGCCUCUAUGUGGAUAGCUAUUUAGAGAACCUUGAAUUGCAUCAUGAAAUGCAGGUAGGCAUGUGUCCAGAAAGAGAUUUUGGUUCCUUGGAAGGUUCAAAUAGCAUCCAUUCCUUGCUCAGUUCGGAAGUCUGUGGGGUACAGCCAGAUUUCCAGAGGGGCAAAGAAUAUGAUUUGCUAGCACAAAGUCAGACGCGAUUCUAUCAGUGUGCAGAGUGCGAGUACACUACUUACAUUUUAAGCAACCUUGAACUACAUGUAAGAACUCACACAGGUGAGAAACCUUACAGCUGCAGUGUUUGUCAGAAGAAGUUUCGUACUUCCAGUCACCUGAAAAGGCAUAGAGUCACGCAUUUUAAUACGGAGCAUCUCAAGUGCAGGAACUGUGACUAUUCGACAAACAAAUGGCUGGCCUUGAAACGGCAUCUGGCUUCGCACUCUUGUGGGGAAAGCUCAUCUACCAGCUGUGCCUACAAACACGAGCAGCUACCUGUCAAAACAUACACGUGUGAGGAGUGUGGCUAUUCCACGGCCCACAAUGGAAACCUGAAGCCACACUUGAGAAUUCAUACAGGGGAGAAGCCGUUCAAGUGCGGUCAGUGCGCUGUUGCUUUCCGCACAUCGAGCCACCUGAAGCGCCACUUAAUGACUCAUUUAAAGCUGCGCUGCAGAAGGUGUAAAUUUUCUACGUUAGAUAAACGUGCUUUACAGAAGCAUGUAAAAACACACAAAAAAAUGUACAAGUGUGGAAAGUGUAAUGUGACGCUGCCUACCAAAAAAAUUCUGGAAAAGCAUAAGCGGCAACAUAAGCUUGGAAUGUAA